UUCCCCUGCGGCGGCCUUCCUCCCUCCCUUUGCCUGUGGCUCCUCCUCUUCUCCCUGUCGCGUCCCUCUUCCCCGUCCCUUUACCUCCGGCUCCUCCCCAAAUCCUGGCUUCUGGGUCCUCCCCUUUGUUCUGCCGCGUUCCUCCUCCCCAUACCGUCACCCUCAGUUCUUCCCCUUUUCCCUUCUGCGUCUCCAUCAGUCUCCUUUACUUCUGACUCCUUAUCCUUGCCUCUAGCUCCUCCUCGCCCUGCCCCCUCACCUCUGGCCCCACUCCCUUUCCUCUGCCGCGUUCCUCCGUUACAGGCCCCCCACCUGCCUCUUCUGGCUCCUCCUCUUCUUCCCUACCGCGAGCCUCCUUCCCGAUCCCGCCCCCUCAUCUGGCUCCUCCCCUUCUUUCCUGCCACACUCCUUCUUCCCGAUCCCGCCCCCUCAUCUGGCUCCUCCCCUUCUUUCCUGCCACACUCCUCCUUCCGACCCGCCCCCCUCCUCUUGCUCCUCCCCUUCCCCCAAGCCGCGCUCCUCCUUCCCGAUCCCGCCCCCUCAUCUGGCUCCUCCCCUUCUUUCCUGCCACACUCCUCCUUCCGACCCGCCCCCCUCAUCUGGCUCCUCCCCUUCCCCCAAGCCGCGCUCCUCCUUCCCGACCCCGCCCCCCGGCCGCCCCUGUCGUGCCCUGGCCGGAAGAGGUGGUGCUAGGGCCGUUGCUAUGAUAACAACCAACAACUGAGAAAGCGGCGAGUUUGGAAGCUGCUUCUUAGGAGGCUGGCCAAGCACUUCAGCGAGAAGAGUUACGUUUCUUACGCAGGAAAAUGUCUAGUCAGGAGGAUAAAUAUGAAGCUCAGAAUAUAGAUGAUUCAACAGAAGAAACUGAUGAUGCUUUUGACACUGUCACUAUUCCGGUUCCCUCAGAAGAGCCUGAAGAGUCAGAUCAAACUGAAGAGCAUGAAUCUGGACUAGAACAAUUCAAUGAGAGCCGUGCACAUGAAUCUGGACUAGAACGAUUCAAUGAGAGCCGUGCACAUGAAUCUGGACUAGAACAAAUCAAUGAGAGCCGUGCACAUGAAUCUGGACUAGAACAAUUCAAUGAGAGCCGUGCAAUGCACGUUGAGGAGCAGAGUGCCCAAAGCUUUUCAAGCAUGGAACCAGACAAUGAACAACUCAUGGAAGAGGUUAUAUCACCAAGACAAGCUUCAUGUACUCCACUAUAUCAUGAAAGGCAAUUUGCAAUGCAGAGUCCAAAUCAUGAUAGUUUGGCAUUUCUGGAUAAAAUAAAGGCUAUAAAGGAGUCUUUACACGAAUCAAAGGAAGAUUCUCUAGCAACAGUAAAAGUUGUACUUACUCCAGUGGGCCAGGAAAUUGUAAUGCCUUUUAAGGUUGAUAUCAUUCUUAAACAUCUCAAGGACCAUUUUUCACACUUAUUUGGAAUCCCACAUUCUAUACUACAGAUAAGAUACUCAGGAAAAAUUCUUAAGAAUAAUGAGACUCUAAUACAACAUGGAGUUAAGCCACAGGAAAUUGCACAAGUGGAAAUCUUUUCUGCAAAUCCAGAUCAGUAUCCAGUCAAAAGAAUAGUUGGAUUAACUGAUGUCUGUCAGAUCAUAACUGUCACUGUCCAAACUGGCAUUGAUCAAUACCAGCAGGUACCUGUUGAGAUUGUCAGAUCUGACUUUCACAAACCAUUUCUUGGUGGAUUCAGACAUAAAAUAACAGGAGUAGAGUAUCACAAUGCUGGAACACAAACCAUACCUAGAAAGAUUCCUGAAAGACCCAAUGUAUUUUGUAGGGAUACACAGACAGUUUUCGAGAAAAAAAAGCUCCAACAAACUACAAAUACAGCAUCUACACAGAUGACUAACAUUGGUGUCUAUGUAUCAAAUAUGACUGACAAACUGGUAACUCCAGGAAAGUAUUUUCCAGCAGCAGAAUACCAUGCUCAAAGACUAAAGGCGGCGAUAGUGAUACAGACUUACUUCAGGCAAUGGCAUGCUAAAACCUUCGUAGAGAACGUAAGAAGACAGAAAAGCUUAAGGUUGGAAUGGGAAAGACAGGAAGAAGUAAGGAAGAUAAGAGAAAAAGAAGAAUGGAUAAAAUUGGACUAUGAUCGGAGGCAUAAUCCUAAAACAAAUGAAGACUUUGAAUUUCUUUAUAAUGCAUUAGAAUUCUGGCGUCAAGAAGAACUUAAACGGAUUAACCAAUCUUUCACUGGAGCUGAAAGGAAAGCUGCCCUAUGUGAACUUCUGGAAAAAGAGGCUCAGAUAAUUGCUUCCAUUGGGAGACACAGAGACAUUGCUUAUAUGGCGACUCAGGAAGCAGCAAUACAAGCUUUUUUGGAUAAGUGUUCAGCUCCAAAAAUAUGGAGGGCACCUAAUGGCAAAACAAUUGAGAUGGAUACACAGUUCACCAUCAGAGCCAGAGAGCUGCAAAAUAUCUAUACGUGCAUUAUGCUGAAAAAUAUCUCUCAGGAUGAGAGGCUGGAUGUGCUCUUAACUCUUAAACACACUGUAAAGGAACAUGAAUGUAAACUAACUCAGGAAAUUCUAGAAUUGAUUGACAGAGAGGUUGACCUUAUGAUGAGAGGAGUCAAACAUCAUAACCUCGAAGGACUCAGAAAAAGAAUUGCGACACUCUUUUUUCAUUAUAUCAAAACACCUCUGUUUAAUCCUCAAGUUGCAAAAUACCUUAAGGUCCCUCAAGACCCAUUGAAAUUUUAUAAGAAGAUUUACUUUUGCCACAGUUGCCAGCUUUAUUUGCCUUCUACAGAGUUUUCUGUAUCAUCCACCUCACGCCGCAUAUACCGGUGUCGUAACUGCAUUAGCCUUGAGAAUGAGGCUCAAAAACGAGAAUCAUUUUUGAAGUACAAAUGUUUACUUCAGCAGCUCUACUAUACAGAAGCUGAUUAUGAAGAUGAUUCUAAAAUUGCUUUCUUGAUGCAGCUACAAGAUAUUCAGUACCUGACAGAGAACAUCUGGGCGUCCCAGUCAGUCCUCAGUGCCUGGGACAAUCUCAGUGAUCUGGCCAUGGUGAGAUGGAAUAAAUCCCUGGAGUGGUCCCCCUGGAACUGUAUUCUUCUUACCAAGGAUGAAGCAGCUGCUCAUCUCAAGCUAACAAGUAUUGAAGAGGGAUAUGAACCCUCAUUUAUUCACAAGAUCAAACACAAACAUAUCCUGGCUAAGAACUAUUUUUCUCAGAUUCCAGUGCUGGCUUCAUUUAUACUUGAUGAUGGUGAAAUAGAUGAGAUCAGACAGAAAUAUCGCUCAGACACGACACCUAAGAUUAUAGAAUCCCAGAGGCCUCCUCCUUAGAUGAUCCAGGAGUAUUGGUUUGAUGAUCGGUAUUUUGUUCACUGCUAAUAGGGUAAUACAGAGGUCACAGAGUGUGGAAAUGAAAUUUAAUCUGUUUAUUGAUUUUGUUUUUUGUUUUUUAUGUUAUUUUGAGUUCUAUAAAGAGAAAACAUUUCUAUAUAUGUGUUUUGUUGUUAGGACGUCAGUGCUAAAUUGAAAUACAAUUUUGUUACUGAAAUUAAUAUUUUGCAUUACAGAAAACAUUUUAAAAUGUAUUUUCACAUUAAAUUUUUAAAAAUUUCAAGUAUAUUAUAGUUAAAAUCUAACAGCCAAAUAAAAACUAGACUUAACUUUCACGUUAUUUAUUUUAGAUAAAAUGUAGUUAUAGGAAGCUAAUCAGUAUAGGGAUGGGAGGAAACAUAAAAUGCUCUUUCUUGAAAACUUCUAUAAGUAGGAUAAAAGAAUGUAUAUUUUAGUAUAUACAUUUGAAUUUUUGCAGUUUAUUGUGUGCUUUCAUCUUCCAUCUUUCUCAUAAUCCCAAUAAAACAAUUGAAACUAUUUGUAAAUUAACAUAAAACUUUCAUUCUAGAGCUAUUAGCAUAUGCAAGAAAAACUCCCUGUGGGCAAUGGUGAAACUCUGUAAGAAGAAUAAACUUGAUUAAAUAAGCCAUAAGAACCCACUUCUCCAAUAAACUAAAGGAGUGACCUUGACCACAUAGAGGUUAGGGACCUAGUGAUGAACAAUGGUUUGCCAGUCAGUCUUAACAAGAAAUGAAUGGCACACUCAAUAUAGCUUAAGCCAAGGAGAGUUUAUUUACAAAGGGCCUUAUUACAAGGUGUGGGUAGUGUGUAGGGAAACUUAAGGAAUAAUAGUGCAGGAACCCAGGGCCAGUAUCAGACAGGCCAUCUCUCUCUAGUCUCAAAUGAACUUAGGGAGAAAGUCUGAGAACCCAGAGAGAAUGUAAAGAAGAUAAUAGAGGCUCAGUGACUAGCUGUGAAGGGAACAGCCAGCCAGGCAUAGGAGAAUCUCAUGAACUAGAGAAAUACUCAAUUUCAUACUUCUCCCUUCCUCCAGUCUCCUGCUUGGGUUUCUCACUGGCCAAACCCAAAAGGAAAGCAGAAGGGGUAGGAGUUAGUGGACAUAAUUUUUACGGCUUCAAGGCAAAGAGCAAGGGAAGAGUAUGUAAGGGGGAAGAGUAGAUUUGGAGGGCUAAAUAGACAGUAUCCAGGUGGAGAAAAAAUUAAAAGUGAAAAUCCUUAAUUCAAAUAGCAGUAUUUUACCCACUAUCACACACAACAUAAUUAUAUAUACAUAAAGACAUAUGAAUUUUGUUGUAAUUUCAGUCAACAAUUAAUGAGGCUGUUCUCUUAAGUUUAGUGAAUUUUAGAAGUUAAAUAUUUGUUCUAUCUCAAUAUUUGACAACAUUUUAGCAACACAUUUUGUAGGAUAUCUAAAAUUUUUCCUUGCUUGGCCAAAGCACAGCACAUGGCACUUGUUAAGAAAGUAACAUCCAGGAGGAAAUUGCCAUAAUGUAGUCCUUGUUAAGAUCUCAUAGACAAAUCUGGUACCUCUCUAAACAAUAAAUUACAGGUGGGACUAGAUUGGGGACCAUUUUGAUCACUAAUAAACUGGCAGCAAUUUAGCACAGACAAAUGCAGGUUUCCACUGGAAUGUCAAUGGCUAGAUAUUUUAUAAGACGCUUCAGGAGAAUCCCAUAGCUCAGAGAAGGAAGGGCUGGGGAGGAAGCAGGGCGGGUUGGGGUGGCAGGCAGUGAGAAGAAAAUAGCCAGAGAUGGGGAAAUAAAGGAUUUUAGAAUUCCCCUGUUGACCCAAGGGUGAAACAGCUGGAAUGGAAGACUUACUGAGUAAAACGGAGAGGCGAGGACAGGAAAUUUGAAGUCUGAAAGAGGUGAGGGUAUGUAUUCCCUCGGUUUCUCCUAUCUGCUUUUUGGUCUUAUGCUGGUCACUGUUACAACUCCACACGAGAUGGUCAUGGGGGCAGUGAUAAAGAUAAUUCUAUCAGAAGGAAAAAAAUUCUAUCAGAAGGAAAAGGUGGUACAUUUUUUGUGGGAUGAGAGAUGGCUGCUAGUAUAAAUUUAAACAGAUCUAUGGGAAGCAGCUAAAAGGUUGUUCAACAGAAGAGACCUGGGAAGAAUUAUGCUGGAAACUUGGUGAUAAGGAGUUCUGGGGGAGAUGCAUGUGGAUAGGCGUGACCAAGGUGAGAGUGCUCCGGGUGGCAUUCGCUGCAGAAGAAGCUGUCAGUAUUCAAAUGGACAAGGCAAUUCCUCCUGCGGAUGCCAGUCAGCUUCUUUUGCUAUCCUUUCUGGUGGUUACUCCAUGGGUCCAUUUACAAAGUGACUAUGAUGGUAGAGAUGGAGCUUAUUCAUGGGCUUAACCACAGAGAUUUUUUUCACAAAGGUUGAUUUGGCUACUGCCACUGCUAGGUGUCUAACCUACCAACAACACAGGCCAAUAAAAGGCCACAAAGGGGCAUUAUUCCCCAGGAAAACUAUCUGGCCAUCUGGUGACUGGUUGAUUAUGUUGGAUCCUUUCUGUUAUGGAAUGGGCAAACAUUUUUUUUUCUCAUGAAUAUAGAUUUUUAUUAGACAUAUGGAUUUUCUUCUAUGUUUACAUUAUUUCUGUCUAUACAAUCAUUCAGGUUUGUACAGAAAGCCUUACUCAUCACUAUGGUAUCACAAAUUACAUUGCCUUCAACGAAGGAACUCAUUUUACAGAGAAGGAAGUGAGACAAUGGAUUCAUGCUCACUGAAUUCAUUGGUUUUACCAUGUCUUUAUCACCUACCUAUAUGUGCCUUUAUAAAAUCAAAUGAACUAGCCUACUAAAUGGUGAGUUUGGGCACUGUCUGGGUGACAAUACCCUACGAGGUUAGAGUGCUUUCUGACAGGAUGCAAUGAAUGCCUAAAAUAAUUGGCUAUAUUUGGUGCUGUCUACUUCACAGCCAGAAUUCACAGGUUGGGAAAUCAUGGGUAGAGCUGGCUAAUAGAUACUACUGUCUCUCCUAUUUUUAGAAUGCAUGGAACUGGAGACAAAAGAAUAAAGCAGAGGGUGACCUCUUUCACUAUUAUACCACAUAACCUACAUAAAGAAUUAUCAUUUCCCAUCCCUUUGGCCUUGGACUCAAUGGACUUGGAGGUCUUAAUGUCCAAGGAAGGAGUUUCUCCAGGGAACACAGUAAUAUUUCCAUUGAAUCAGAAUUUGAGACUCACAAAGCAAUUCUUUAGAGUCCAAAUAGUUAAGUGUGUCUUCCUAAAUCAACAGGCUAAAAUUUCUACUUUCCAUAAGUUGAAAGCUACCAAUAGCUAGUUGAAAACAGCAUUUUCAUAUUUUUUUAUUAUAAGAUUAUUUUAUUCUCACCAAUUUUCUAAGUUAUAGUCUCUGGCAACUCUAAAUGAUAUUCCAGGAGUGUAUCCAGCAAAGCAAUAUGGUGUAUCACAUCUAAUGGCGCCCUCGCUGUGAUAAUAGGGCGCCAUUAGAUGUGAUACACCAUAUUGCUUUCUGGAUCCAAGAGCUGCCUAUAGGGAUAAUAAUAUAUGAUUACAUAAUGAACAUCAUAAAACAUCAUUUUGGAUUCCAAAAACUAACACACACUGUAUUUCGUAGAACAGUAAUAUAUAUUUCAAAGUGAGACUCUUUCAGAGGGAGACCUGAAAAAGAAUUGAAUCAAGAAAAUAGUAUGUUAGGUGCUCUUGGUUAGGAGAGUUCUGAUAAUCCUUUUAAUGCAUGGCAGAUUAAAAUAAAACAAUUCUUAUGUACCUCUAACACACAUAGAAGACAGAUUAAACUAUUAUUAAUGAUUUUAAAAUUUAAAAACAUACCUAUACUAAAUUUUGCUCCUGAUAAUUCAGAAGGAAAUAUUUAUGUAAAAUUAUACAUUUAUGGAAUCAGGAAAGGAAAAUACAUACUAAACUAUGAACCUUUCAGAUAUGAGUAACUGGCAGUAAUGACAGAGUCAAUGUCUGCUUUUCAUAGCAACUUGUCAACAGUUAUGUUUGUGAAACAUAAACGGAAUUUGAAUUUCUUCACUUUGACGCACAAUGCUGAAUAAAUUCCAACAUAGGCAUGCUGUAAGUGAUGCUCUCAGAUUCUAGAGAGUUGACAUUUUUACAUCAUUCAAAACAAAUUAAGAACAUAUCAAAACUGAGUUCAGAAAUGUCUAAUUAUUGCUGACUCAAGUCACUUAGUGUGAAGAUGACCAUGAGGGAUACAGAAACAAAUAGAUCUUGAGCGGAAUAUGAAAGUUUUUGCACCAGUCAGAAGUCUAUAUUUUUCUGACUCUGACAAAGUAAUUUACUGGCAUUGGGUUUUUCAUAUCAGUAUUAGAUUUGUGAAGUGAAUUAGGUACAAGCACAAGUUAUGAAAGAAGGAGAUUGGAUUAUUUUUUCCUAAUAGCUUUUAUGUUGCCAUCUAUGCUUAUAAGCCUAUCUCUCUUUGGUAAUAUGCAUUUCCACAUGCUGGGUUCCCCUCCCUGCCACCCCCACCGUGGUAUUUUUUUCUACCUUCACUUCCCUGUUUCUGCUUAUUCCAAUUUUAUGCAUUUUUCAAGAUCAGCCUAAUUGUAUCUUAUUCAUUCAUUUACUCAUUUAUUCCAAAACUUAUUUAUUUAUUGAGUUUAAUGUGGGCUGGUUGUUAUGCCUUGGGGCCGCAGUGUAAAGUAACAUAUUAUCCAUACCCUCAAGGAACCCAUGUAGACAGGCUGAUAGUUUCUGUGUCUAUGUCUGUUAAGUGAGGUGGGAAACACUUCAGCAGCACGGGUGUUAAGAAUUAGAAUGUCUUUGUGAAAGCAUACGGAACACAGGAAUUGUGUAAUGUCUGUUAAAUGAAUAACAUUUGCUUGUUUAUAUUGUUUUGGAAGACAGCAUGAUUUUUUUGUUGUUUAUUUUAUAUGCAGAAUGUGGGAUGAAAACAGGCAGAAUUAGACUUCCCUUCUAAUGACUGACUAUUUCUUGUAGUAGCAUAUGUAGUUGUGAACCCUAGAACAGUGACAGGACAUGGUGGAAAUUUGCCCUACAGCCCUUGUAGCCUAAUUCCAGUUUAGUGUCGUUUUUAGUGUCGUUCUUUAUCUUUACUGUUUCCUUUUGAUGUAUAUGAAAACUAUUGAAAAUAAAGCAAUAUUUCCAUUUACUCUCCCUCUUUCUUUUCCUCUUUCUUCCUCUCCUUUACUUUUUUUUUUUCUUUCCUUCUCUCAAAAAAAAGGAAAUCAACUUGUAAACCUCUAGAUCCAGGUCGGCAAUGUCUCUUUCAUUGCUUGAUUUCCUUUCUUUCCUUCCCUCCCUCCCUCCCCGCUUCCUCCCUUCCUUCCUUCCUUCCUUCCUUCCUUCCUUCCUUCCUUCCUUCCUUCCUUCCUUCCUUCCUUCCUUCCUCCCUACCGUCCUUAUUCCCUUCCUUCCUGCCUUCCUCCCCCCCACCCAAAAAAAAAAAAAAGAAAAGAGACAGACCUCUGCUUUAUAAAGGUGAAGGUUCCAGGUGUAUGAAGAGGGAACAGCUACUGCUGAUACUUUGCAGCUAUGAAUUUAAAGAGUUUAUUACAAACUUUCUGUGGCACUUCCUCAGAAAAUACUUCUUCCCCUUCACAAGAGCUUGAUCUGUAAAUGGAUUGUUCAGUUUCUCUCCUCCCACUCAGCUUGGCUUCUGUUUGGCAGUUUCCAGUGAUCUUCCUAACCUGCAUUUAUCUUUCCCAAAUUAGAGGCAGCUGGGCAAUUUUAGGGAGGCAACAAUUCAGUAAUUCUCUCUCUUCUAAUUUGUAAAGCCAGUAAUUCUCUCAAACUUCAGGAGACUGAUUGGCUUGGAAACAAAAGAACUGUAAUGUGGUCUUAAACUUUUCAGGCUUAAUUGUUUUACAAAUAUUCUAUAACGAUGUGAAAGUUUAAAGAAUAUCUGUUAUUAGAAUAAAUAAACAUUAUGUAUUGUGAUAGCACUAUUCUCCUUACCUGUUUUUAACUUGGUAUGAAUAGAACUGGAAUUUAUUUCCCACUGUAAGUAAGAAACUAGUAUUUAAUUUCUAUUAUGCACAUCAAGUAGCUAGGAAUGGGACUGUUGAAUUGAAAUUUUUAAAAAAGUUUCUUUAGAAUAAAGAAUAAGAAAUUAUCACCUGCUAAACAAAAUUCCAGUUCUGUAUUUGUAUUACAAAGUAUAUUUUUGUAAUUGUUUUCUUUGAAGAAAAUUCCAGAGAUUAUUUUUAGAAAAAAUUUGAUGUCUGCUAUUUUUCCUCUGCUUUUAAAUUACAUUAUUAUUUUACCUACCACAUCUUGAUCUACCUUUUUAACCAUCUUUUCUACACUCCUGUGCAAUAAUUCUUAGAGGUAAAUUUCAUUGUGUAAACAACAAUGUCACAUAUUGGCUAGGCUUUCUCCAUGAAGUGUGGCAUGUGAAGGAAAGCAGCCUUAGGUAUUUGAUAACUCAUAACAAUACUUUGUUUUAAAAACAUUAAUACACAGUAUAAAGGCUAUGAAAAAAUUAAAUAAUAAAGCAUUAUUCUUUUAUUAAAAGCAAUAUUUUUGAGGACAUAAAUCUGACAACCUAUAAUGGCACUCAUAAAGAAGAUUCCAAAUUCUCAAAGGAAUGUUUUAUUUUCAAGUCUUUGGCUCUUUCUUUAUUUGGGUUGUUUGUCUUGUUGUUGAGGUAUAAAUGAUCUUUAUAUAUUCUGGAUACAGGUAUUUCAUCAGGUCCAUGAAUUAUAGAUACUGUCUCUUGCAAUCUGUGGCUUUUGGUUUAACUUUGUCAUGUUUUUCACAGGUAACAGUUUUCAAUUUGUUACACCCCAGUUGAUAAAUUGUUUCUUUCAUAGUCAAUGCAUCUUAUGUCCUCUUUACAAAAAUUUUGCCUUCUCCAGGGUUAAGCAGACACUGUGUAUAUACAGAAUUUCUACCAAUAUAACCUCCUUUAUUUCUGACA